CUCCUUCGUCAUCGUAAGCAGCUGACUCAUAACCUAAUUGUUCCAUUCCAGCCGUUUCAGACACCCGCCAUUUCAGAAUCGAGGCCUCUCCGCUGCAUGUGCCUGUCCCCUAAUUAUCAGCAUUGUGCUUAUCUCCAGUGACCGUUGCAUUGGACUCAUUUUGUUGUCGUAUCAAGCAGUUGAAUAGUACGACGUCACGUCUGUGACGUCGAGUCACCGAUUCUGAACGUACAAGAAGCUUCUCGGACGUGAGAAAACGCUGUACCGCGCUGGGACGUCGGAUGACGUCGUUGUUCUUACACUUUAUACUCGCCCUUAGCUCCCUCACAAGCACGCUUACAUCAUAAGGUCCUAAUAUUUAAUUUAUUCUUUCUACCGCGUUCAUUAAUGGGAUGGGUAUCGCUUUCGUCGUACUGUUGACGUCUAGCUGACUCGACCUGGACCAGAAUUUCUUUCCUCGAUAGCAUACCUUUCGUUGCGUCUAGAUUCAUUGAACAUGGCGGCCGAUCUGACGUCCGACAUUAGGGUGCUGGUGGGGAUGCGCGACGACGAGCACUGCCGGCAGGCGUUAGAAUGGACGAUCAGAGAAUUCAGCCGGCGGAAAGACAAAACCGUCUGCCUCCUGCUGACGCACGUCGUCACCGAGCUCCGCAACUCAGCGGGCAAUGUGGUGCGCCUAUCGGAGGCGGACGGCCCGAGCGUGGCGGUGCACAUCUGCGACCGCGUGCUGCCGCUCCUGGAGGCCAUGCAGGACGUCAGCGACGACGCGGGGCUACCUUCAACGGUGCACGUGAUCAAGAACGAGGACACGGGAGCCGCCAUUCUCGAGGCAGCAUCGAAGCUGGAGGCCACCCACAUCGUGCUCGCCUCUGCUGCUGCUAAAGCUGCCAGCCAGUGGCACACCAUCAACGUGUGCUCAGACGAAUCGAAGCUCCCACCGGGGGCGACGCUCUUUGUGAUUGAAGAUGGGAAGAAGCUCAGAACCAUCACCUCGGGCCAGCCACCUGCUGCCACCUCUACCGUCACAGCGGGGUACGCCACGCCAGCGUUCCAGCAGCAGCUCCCAGGCAUACAGGAGGGGGGCAGCGGCACACAUGAGUCCUCCCUGGCUCCGACUCCCGCCCCUGCCCCUGCUGCCGCUGGGGGUGGGGGAGCAGCGGCAGCAGCAGCAGGUGCAGGGAGUGCUCCAGGAGACGAGGGGCUCUCCGCCUUAGAGCUAGCCCGGCGCAACUACCGCCUACAAGCAGCUGCUAAGGCCAACGCUGAGGGGGGCGCGGCUGGAGGGGGCGCAGGGGGAGGGGCAGGGGAAGGCGCAGGGGGGGGCGCAGGGGGAGGCGCGCCAGGUAAGGGGAAGGGGAAGGUGAAACCCCCAGUGGCGGCUAAGGUGCGGCUGGAGAAGAAGCUUCAGGAGAGAGAGGGGCAGUCGAGCAAGCGGUUGAGCCAGAACAGCAGUGGCCCCGCACCUGCAGUAUCAGGAACAGUAGCAGCAGGAGGGGCAGGAGGGGCAGGAGGGGCAGGAGCAGAAGGAGGAGGAGGAGGACGAGGAGGAGGACGAGGACAAGGAGCGGGAGGAGGAGGGGGAGAAGCCACAGCAGGAGACAGCACGAGCAGCAGCAGCAUCCCUACAAUCGCCAACCCGCCCACAUCAAACCCCCUCGCCUCCUCCCUCUCUCUCCGCCUCUCCACCUCCGAACCCGACGCGCUCCCUCGGCAAGAUUUCAAGCAGUACACUCUUGAAGAACUACAGGCGGCUAUGGACCAUUUCUGGCCGAACAACAUCUGUGGGGAGGGCAGCUAUGGCGUUGUGUACAAGGGGUGGCUGGACGGGCAAGCGGUGGCGAUUAAACAACUCAAGAACCCCGACGCCAAGGCGGCACUCGAUGAGAUCGAGAGAGAGGUGGAGGUGCAGAAGCGGAUCGACCACCCCAACGCAGUGCGCCUGCUGGGCUACUGCAUGGAGGACCGCUCCCUGGUCUACGAGUUCCUCUCUAACGGCUCUCUGGAGGACCGCAUGCUCUGUGUGGGCGGCACGCCACCUCUUAUGUGGCCGGAGCGGUGCCGAAUAGCCAUGGAGGUGGCAGCGGGCCUGCAGCAUCUGCACACGCGGAAGCCCCCCAUAGUGCACCGGGACGUCAAGCCCGCCAACGUGUUGCUUGACGACAACUUCACUGCCAAGCUCGGGGACGUGGGGCUGGCGCGCCUCAUGGGGGACCUCGCCCCGGGCCACUCGCACGUGGUGCGGAAAUCAGUCAUCGUAGGCACCGAGCACUACGUCGACCCCGAGUAUCUAUGCGCCAGACGAGGGUACCUCGGGCCGAAAUCCGACGUGUACUCGUUUGGCAUCGUGCUGCUGCAGAUGUUGGUAGGGGAUGUUCCGAACCCGAGGAGAAUCGACGCUGCGGUGGAGAAGGAGGAGUUGGCGGUGUUGUUGGAUCCCAGGGCUGGGGAGUGGCCCCCGAACCUCGCGAUGGACCUAGCGAAUCUCGGCCUUUGGUGCGCCGAGAUGGACCGCCGAGAUCGGCCGGAUCUGACGGAGGAGGUGAUCCCGGCGCUGCUGGAGAUAUGUGAGGCGGCGGCUGAGGCGGUCGUGGAGUGGGAGGGGAAGCAGGAGGCGGUGCGAGAGAGGCAGCGGCAGGAGAGGGAGCAGAGGGAGGAGAAGGAGAGGGAGAGGAGGGAGGAGGAGGCGCGGAGAGUGAAGGAGCGGCAGGAGGCAGAGACAGGGAGGAGGAAAGAGCAGGAGGGGGGUGAUGGUGGUGCGAAGGGGAACGGUGGAGGAGGGAAGCUGGAUGGCAGUGGUGGUGGGGGGAUGGGCGAUGGAGCUCCCAAGGCACAAGGAGGAUGCUGUGUGCUGCUAUGAUGCUGGUAUGGGGGUAGCCGCUAUGCAGCUGGGCUAGGACAUGAGCUGGCGGGCAGUGAGCAGGUCCCAAGGCACAAGGAGGAUGCUGUUUGUUGCUAGUAUGAUGCUGUUGUUGGGGUAGCUGGUAUUAGCUAGCGUAGGCAAGGCACUAAUGAGCUGGCUGGCUUACAUCCAUGUGCUGUCAGGCAUGCGUGCGCCCAUGUGAAGGGGGUACAUACAUCAGCUGGCAGGGGGUAGAGUAGUGACCAGGCCCCCAGAAGUCAGGAAAAAUUUCCUGAUUCAGGAAAAAAACAGGGUGUUGAGGGGUACCAGCCCUGAUUUACUAGGGUUUUGUUUUUGGCAUUUCCUGGAAUUUCAGGGUUUUUUUGUAAGGGAUAUUUGUCAGCUCAGUUUUUUUUUGCAAGGGAUCCUGAAAUUUCAGACUUGUAUC